GGUCAAUAUGUUGAUGUUCUUUGCCAUGACUAAAACUCACACAUGCUUCUUUGGUACCUGGAUGGCCCAAGACAGCUGGCGAGGAAGCUACUGCCUGAGCCAUGAUUUCCCGUUAUGGAACAGAUGCAAAUAGACAAUCAUUCAUCGUCGAUGUCGUCAACUCCAGAAACAAAAGCUUGCGAGCCGACAUGAUCCUACUGGCAACAAGCUCAGCGCAACGAUCAGCCUCAAUCUGAGCACAGCUAUAUACAUGCGUCAAUCCUCGCGAAGACAUCGUCACCUGGCACCAGAUGCCCAGGGAUUGAUUCUCAAAUGGCUUCUUGAACGGGAGAACUCGCCGAGGACUUAUACAAACCAUCAUGUCUCGGGUCCUGCAGAAGCGACUCGAACGAAGAGCCAGCAAUACUGCAGCAGUGGGCUUCCUAUCACGCAGUCUGCAUCAACGCCUCCGAGAAGGGCCCUGUGCGAAGGAAGCUCCUUUGCUCAACGUUCCCCUCCUUUGAACCGUAUCAGAUGGUCACCCUAUCCUGGAAGGCAUCCUGUUAAAAAAGGGACAAUUACCGAAAAGGGAAGCAAAGGUGGAUUCGAACGCAAACCACGAAAUAAGACCAGAGAAGACCGUUACGAGUACAAGGGCUCAAUCUCUCGAAUACAGCGAAAGCAAUCGCCGACACAAGCGAGAAAGUCAUCAAAGCAGGUUAGGAGACAUACAAUCAAUGACAACUUCCAUGCUUCCAAUGUCCCACGAGAUCGAUUAACACUACAUUCGCACCUAGAUCUGGGUAUUUUCAGAAGAGGGAAAACCUCAUCACCAGUGAAAGCCGGCGAGCUUCGACAUUUACCCCAUUUCUCGGGGAUUCGCAAGCUGGUAAACCGAGGUCGAGUGCCUGAGAAGGGGUUUUCAGAGACAAGAUUCUUGAGCAAGAAAUUAGGGAGCGAUAGCAGAAGAUACACAAACCAUCAGAGUCCGAACAACAAGAGGAAGGCUCGAGCAAACUCCGAGGAUUCUCAACUACUCAUUUCGAGCUACUUUCCACUUGGCUCACUCGAAGAUGACUCUCGUAUGCACGGUUUCAAGAUGGAGGCAAGCGGUAUCUUGUUGCAUUCAUCUCCGAACUUACAACAACAAUCCCCGGCAGACUGCAGCGUGCGCGGCAUAGCAGCGAAGAGGCAUGCCGCUGUUGCCGUUCAAUCUCCAGCUGAUCAGCCUAAGCACUCCAGAGCGUACCAUCCUGAUGUUCAAGGGUGCGAACUCUCUUUGUCAUCAACACCUACAAGUAUUUCGUGCAAUGAACACGCCGCAUUCUUGUCUGAAAGCUGGUCAGAGUUUUACAUGAGACAGCUUCUGCAUUUCGAUUUGAGCUCACAAGACAAGGACAAAGACGAGUCUACCCAUCCAGUUAGAAAGUACUGGAAAUUGGAGGACCUGAAGCUUCUGCUACAGGAGCGGGAUAAGUUCCGGCAACAAGAGACGGGCCCCCAAGUUGUCUCAGAAAGGUCAUUCUCAGGUAGCAGACGCAACAGUGGCAAAGCAAGCUCUAUCUAUAAAUUGGAGGACGCUGAUGAAGAUCAUUCAAAGCAACUGAAACAAACGGUGUUAUUGGAAGAGAUGGGAAAUGGUUUCGUUGAGGAUAACGCAAGCCUAGACACGAAAUUUAUUUUUCCUGCCCCUCUUGAUAAGGGUCUCAACGACGAGCCAGAUUUUCAGCACACUUCUAAUGCGCCUCUAGCGAGACCCAGGAAGACGACACUGGCUAAUAGGAGCAAUGCUGGCCCGAAGGAAGCCUUUGACUCGGGCUCUGACACAUGGAAAUGCCCCGAGUAUCCUACCAAAACCCAAGCUGAGCGCUUCUCCUCCUCGGUAUUUCAAGCCGGAUCGUUUGAACAAGAGGCCGACCCCCAGCUCGCUUCAGGAACAGGAAGGGACAAAGUUGAUGACGACAUGAUCAUGUUCUUUGCUGAGGAAGCCCAACUUCAGGAUGAUAUUUAUGAUUGCUUUGCCACGCAGGCGCUCGAUGCGGCAGCACAUGACGUGAUCAUGCAUCCAGAAGAAGAUACGUUGGAAUGUGUGUGGGACUAUGCAAUGCGGAUUCCUCUGAGUGCUGACAGUUUCGAAAACACCCAAGUCGCUCAAGACGUCCUUCAAAAUCGUGUCCUGGUGGAUGAAGCAUCGCUACGUUGUCCAUGGGAGACUGUACCAUGUCCGUCGCAUGGUGUUCUAUCCUCACAUGGAAUGGAACGAGGGUUGAUUGAUAUUCCCAGGGAUUUUUGGCGGCAGAACAGGUUAUAUUGAUUGUGGCUUGGUACCAGUUCGCAUCAGCUUGCUUGGGAGAAAUAUCGUUGGUACCGAUUGGUAACCGCUGAUUUUGAAAUAUAUAUCUAAAACUGAGCGCUAUGAUAGCAUUUGAAGCUUUACACAUCCGUAUCUUGUUCCUUCUCUUUCUUCUUCUUUCCCUACUUGCAAUUCUACUUCUCAGUGACGGGGAUCUUUCAUUCAGGAGAAGGCCCAAAUCUUUAUCGAAGGUGGUCGAGUGUAGAGUC